AUGACAUUGUCAAAGAAAGUUGAAAAACCGGAAGGUGCAUAUAUUAAGAAAGGCCGUCUUUAUGUAAAAGCAGUAUUUACUGGUUUCCGACGUGGUAAACGUAAUCAACACGAAAAUACUGCUUUACUCAAACUUGAUGGUGUCAAUAAUCGACGAGAAACUAAUUUUUACUUAGGUAAACGUUGUGCUUAUGUAUACAAGGCUAAAAACAAGACUUUAGUACCUGGCCAAAAACGUUUAAAUCGUGUUCGUAUUCUUUGGGGUAAAGUUACCCGUGCACAUGGUAAAAGUGGUGGUGUACGAGCUAAAUUCCGUCGUAAUCUACCACCAAAAGCUAUCGGACGACGAAUUCGAAUUAUGCUUUAUCCUUCGCGAAUCUAA